UAUUCAACUAAAAAAAAAGACUGACGAAAGACAACACAAAUUGGGUUUUAUUUCAAGUUCCUGGAAAUACAGCUUGGGAAAACUGCCUCUACGAUUGAUAACCAAAGCUUUCUAAACGCACUCAAGUUCAAGAAGUUGUGGAAUCUGGAAAAUCAAGAAAAGGGGCCUUCGUGUUCGUGAUGACGCCUAUGUGAAUGGCGUAGUUCAGCUAUUUCGAUGUUCUCUGUGUUGCAAGGAAUUAAGCUUGUAUGGACAAUGUUUUGGGCGUUAUGGGGCUAAAAACAUGAAAUCCGAGGGGAAAUUUUCUUGCAUCGUGAAUUAUUUUUCGAAACACAGAGGGGAAGAGAGAACUGUCAGCUAUCGCUGUAACGUUAUUUGUCUUAGGAAUCCGGGAAAACGUAUUGUCGUAGGAAAGUAACGAACAAAAUAUGGCAGGUUUUCGGACGCAAUACACUCGAUUAAACUCAAAUUCAGAUGACCCUGAAGAGGACUUACCGCCACAAGAUAUCGAUAUCGGCACCCGAGGAUUUGAGGAAGUCGAGAAAGGGAGUUGGAAUCACAUUGAGAAUCUUGAUGAAUUCUUCAUAAGGAUAUAUGAAUAUCAUAGGAACAAUGGAUUUGUUUGUAUUCUGCUGAAGGAAGUCUUUGAACUAAUUCAAUUUGUCUUUGUGGUCUUAUUUUCCUCCUUCUUGGUACUUUGUGUGAAUUAUGACAUCUUGUUUCAUCACAAAAAUCCUUCAUUUUCAAAUGUGGUGUAUUUCCACAAAAUAGAACACAUGGAGCCUGCGAUUGUGGCUUGUCUGAUCUUAGCAUUUAUUUUUUGGUUGAUACGUGUGGCUAGAAUUGUAAUUCAUUUCUUUAAGCUUCUGGAAAUACGAGCAUUUUAUAAGGAUGCACUCAAAGUAUCAGAGAGUGAACUAACAAACCUACAGUGGCAAGAUGUUCAGAAACGAUUAAUAGAAGUGCAAAAAGUUCAUCAAAUGUGUGUUCAUAAGGAGGAAUUAUCAGAACUUGACAUCCAUCACCGCAUUCUGAGAUGGAAAAACUACCUGCUAGCAAUGCAAAACAAGUCAGUUAUUUCUUGCACAUACAACUUUCCAUUUGUUGGGGAAAGGGCCUUUUUGACAGAGGGUAUGAAGUACAAUCUAAAAAUGAUUUUAUUCUGGGGCCCAGGAAGUCCUUUCCAAAACAACUGGAAGCUUAGAGAUGAAUUCAGGAACCCAGCAAACAGGUUUUCCUUAGCAAGUCGGUUGGCAAGACGUAUUUUCUGGAUCGGAAUAGCAAACUUCAUACUAUCCCCUUUCAUCUUUAUCUGGGUGAUUUUAUAUUCCUUCUUUACUUAUGCUGAGAUGGUGAAAAGGGAACCUGAUGCAUUUGGGGCCCGGAAAUGGUCAUCUUACGGCAGGCUGUUUUUCCGGCAUUUUAAUGAAUUGGACCACGAAUUGCAGACGAGAUUAAGUAAAGCUUACGAACCAGCUUCCAAGUACAUGAAUCUUUUCGUGUCGCCAUUUCUGGCCAUCAUAGCCAAGAACAUGGCAUUUUUCGCUGGCGCGCUUUUUGCCAUUUUGACGAUAUUCACUGUUCUGGACAAGGAUGUUCUUCUGGCGGAACAUGUACUCACUGUUAUAGCAGUACUAGGAUUAAUAAUAAGAGGCUGUUACAUUUUUGUACCCGACGAGAACACCGUGUGGGACCCUGAGCAACUAUUAAAACAAAUUGUGUCUCAUACUCAUUAUAUCCCAGACUCGUGGAGGGGCAAGGCACAUACAAGCGAGGUUCGGCAAAAGUUUUCCCAGGUGUUUCAGUAUAAAGCGGAGUAUGUACUACAAGAGCUCCUCAGUCCUAUCGUUACACCGUUCCUUUUGUGUUUCCACUUACGAUACAAGUCUUUGGAUAUAGUGGAUUUCUUUAGGAAUUUCACAGUUGAUGUUGUUGGUGUCGGAGAUGUUUGCUCGUUUGCGCAAAUGGAUGUCAAGAGACAUGGAAACCCAGAAUGGCUUACCCAAGGAUUGACUGAAGCAACUCAAUAUGAACAGGCUGAACAUGGCAAAACGGAACUGUCCCUUGUGCAAUUUUCAAUAAGGAAUCCUACCUGGAAGCCAACAGAAAAAGGCGCUCAGUUCAUUAGCACCAUCCGGGAAAACG